GAAAUUCCAGGAGCCAGGGCUAAAUAUACUUGGCGAUCAAUACAGAAAUGGCUCAUUGUGAAUAAUUUAGCUGCUGGUGCUGUGAGAGUUUUGAAACUAAAGGCAAAAAGGACCCGGGCCAAAGGGGGAAAAAUAAGUAAAAAUCUUUUCAGGACUUGUCAAUUCUUUAACUUUUUCCUUCAAAGAAUGCAGUUAGAUUAUCGAUCUUCUCAUUAUGUGAAUCAAAGCUAGGGGGUGUUGUCUCAUACAAUUUACUUUUGUUUCUGGGGAUUAAGUGCUGUUUUGUGCUAUUGAUGCAUGAAAAUCAUUCCUCAUACUUGGGGGAGGAAAAAAAUAGAUCCCCUUGUGCACAGCCCAAAGUUUCUGAAACGUUGGAAAUCCGAAUGUCUUAAGUAGGCUUGGCAUUUGUCUCCAGCCAUAGUCUGGCAGGAAAUUAGGGUACGUUGAACAGGUGCUUACACAGAAUUUGGGGUAGGCUAAAAUUUCAAUACAAGCCAGAGUUGGCCAACUGCUGCAAACGUCUUCAGGAUGCAGUCUAGUACUAAGUGUUUUUGUUUUUGUUUUGUUUUCUUAUGUUUUGUUUGUUCUCUGCCCCCCCCCAUCAGAACAUGAUGAACCAACUUGCAACAAUUGUGAAUAGAGCUGUCUGUAUACUAGGGAAGUAGUCAAACUGCAGGGCGAUUGUGGGAAGUACUGAUUGCUAAAAUAGUUAGCUUGCAGUUAAAAUUGGCAAAUUCAAGAUUACCCCCCUCCUAUUUUUCCCCCCAAUCAAACAGCACUGCACUUUGACUAUGGAAACGGACGGAAUUGAUGGCUACAUAACGUCAGGUGACAAUGAGCUUUCACCUGAAGGGGAGCAGGCCACCAUGGCCAUUGACCUCACUUCAAGCACACCCAAUGGACAGCACGCCUCGCCAGGUCACAUGACAAGCACAAAUUCUGUAAAGCUGGAAAUGCAGAGUGAUGAAGAGUGUGACAGGCAGCCCCUGAGCCGUGAGGACGAGAUCAGGGGCCACGAUGAGGGGAGCAGCCUAGAAGAUCCCCUAAUUGAGAGCGGCGAGGUGGCCGACAACAGGAAAGUCCAGGACCUUCAAGGCGAGGGAGGAAUCCGGCUUCCGAAUGGUAAACUGAAAUGUGACGUCUGUGGCAUGGUUUGCAUUGGGCCCAAUGUGCUUAUGGUACAUAAACGGAGUCACACUGGUGAGCGGCCCUUCCACUGUAACCAGUGUGGAGCUUCUUUUACCCAGAAGGGCAACCUUCUGAGACACAUAAAGUUACACUCUGGAGAGAAGCCGUUCAAAUGUCCUUUCUGUAGCUAUGCUUGUAGAAGAAGGGACGCUCUCACAGGACACCUCAGGACCCACUCUGUGGGUAAACCUCACAAGUGUAACUACUGUGGCCGAAGCUACAAGCAGCGCAGCUCACUGGAGGAACACAAGGAACGCUGUCACAACUAUCUCCAGAAUGUCAGCAUGGAGGCUGCCGGGCAGGUCAUGAGUCACCAUGUCCCGCCCAUGGAAGAUUGUAAGGAACAAGAGCCUAUCAUGGACAACAAUAUUUCUCUGGUGCCUUUUGAGAGACCUGCUGUCAUAGAGAAGCUCACGGCCAAUAUGGGAAAGCGCAAAAGCUCCACCCCGCAGAAGUUUGUGGGGGAAAAGCUCAUGCGAUUCAGCUACCCAGAUAUUCAUUUUGAUAUGAACUUAACGUACGAGAAGGAGGCUGAGCUGAUGCAGUCUCAUAUGAUGGACCAAGCCAUCAACAAUGCAAUCACCUACCUUGGAGCUGAGGCCCUUCACCCUCUGAUGCAGCACGCACCAAGCACAAUCGCCGAGGUGGCCCCAGUUAUAAGCUCAGCUUAUUCUCAGGUCUAUCAUCCAAACAGGAUAGAAAGACCCAUUAGCAGGGAGACAGCUGAUAGUCACGAGAACAACAUGGAUGGCCCCAUCUCUCUCAUCAGACCAAAGAGUCGACCCCAGGAAAGAGAGGCCUCUCCCAGCAAUAGCUGCCUCGAUUCUACUGACUCAGAAAGCAGCCAUGAUGACCGCCAGUCCUACCAAGGAAACCCUGCCUUAAAUCCCAAGAGGAAACAAAGCCCACCUUACAUGAAGGAGGAUGUCAAGGCUUUGGAUGCUACCAAGGCCCCCAAGGGCUCUCUGAAGGACAUCUACAAGGUUUUCAACGGAGAAGGAGAACAGAUAAGGGCCUUCAAGUGUGAGCACUGCCGAGUCCUUUUCCUAGACCAUGUCAUGUACACCAUUCACAUGGGUUGCCAUGGCUACCGGGACCCACUGGAAUGCAACAUCUGUGGCUACAGAAGCCAGGACCGCUACGAGUUUUCAUCACACAUUGUUCGAGGGGAGCACACAUUCCACUAGGCCUUUUCAUUCCAAAGGGGACCCCUAUGAAGAACUGCACAUGAAGAAAUACUGCACUUACAGUCCCACCUUCCCUCAGAUGGUGACAUGCUUACUUCUUCAUGCUGUCACUGUCUAUAUUUCUUAUUUUGUGGACAAAAUGUCAUUUGCUCUGCCUAAUUACAAUAAGGAAGAAACAAGAGAAAAGGGAUGGGAUGUUCACUGAUAACUUGGCUUGUUUAUUUCGUGAGCAUUUAAAGCAGUUCAUUUCGGCCAUGCGUCCUUGCUAAGGCCUAUCAUGAUUUAGGAGAUCACUCAGUUCAUAGAGAUUCCUCUAAGAUAUUCUGAUUUGCCAUUCAUGUUCAGGAUUAUGAUAGAAGGCAGGAAAGUUGAGAGUUCUCUGGGUAGGAUUUUGGGCAAUUCAAAACAGUCUAAGUCAUUUUACUCUCAAAGAAGAUGUUUCAAAAUGUAAACCCAUUUUAUUUUCUGUUCUUAGAGAUCAUGGAACACAAACACGAUGUUAUUUUCCAUAACUACAAGGAUGAGUUGAAUUGUUAUGGGUUCUGUGUUUACCUCCCCUACGGAAUUUAUAAUUGAGUAUGUUUUACACUGUAUCCUAUAGCAAAACUUUUAAACUACAGGUAGUCAAGGGCCACUAUGAUACAUCUGAGGUCCUUUGAUCUUAUUUUUCUAAACUUGCGCACUGUUUUUCCAUAGUUUUGAUGACUGGCAUUUUAUAGACACCCUGGCAGCCUUACUUUUAACACCUGUAACAAAUAGUAUUUUUAUGUAGUUUUCAGAAUAACAUAUGUUCGCAAGAGUGGGUAAGAGGCAGUCAGUAAUUUCCAGGAAGAAUUCUGCUUUUCACAAUUUGAGAUUGUUUUUUUUUUUUCUUUUAAGCUGUAAGAUGCCGGCAGCCUAGUAUACAUAUUUGCUUCUAAAGGUGUGUUUACGAUUGUCACUUUAUCAGCAUUCAGUGUUAACCAGUCAGCAGAAAAGUGUAAUUAGGCGAACAGUAGGGGGAAUUCCCACUCUAAGAACCCUUUUCUGGUAUUUCUCUUCAAGCUGUGAGCAGUCAGUGUUCUAUCAUAGUUCAUUCCUCUUUGACUCUUGGUAUAGAAGGUCUUAAAGAGCCUUGCUAACAGCUGCUUCCUCUGAAAUCAUGGAGCAACUGUUAAUUGGACCUGAAAGUGCUCACCUGAACCCUGGAAGGUCUUUUAUUUACUAGGGCUAUGUAUUCCACUAUUUCUUCAGUAAUGUCAUUGCCUUUGCUGGAGACAAAAGGGAACCUCUUUGUUACCAGAAUAGCAUAGUGCAGGUCAAACAAACAAACAGAAAGUUUUCUGUCAGCCUUCCUGGAGCUGAGAAUGUGACACUCUUCAGGAGAGGGUCCCGCACUUUAAAAAUAAAAACAAAAAGUUCAACUCUAGAGGCCCUUAUCAGAAAUGAAUCUCAACCCCUUAGUCAAGAAUCUACUGUCUUCUCUUAAUUUGCACAUGACAUAUACUUCCAUAUUUCAUGCUCAGGUUUUAAUCCGAUCGCUGCGAGUUCUCAGCUUUUCUUUUUCUUUCCGAAGUUCACUUGCAUGUGUGGGUAGGGUUGGAGCACACUGUCAUCAAGGCAUUUGGGGGAAUCCAUUUGGCAGAUAUAUACAUAUACAUAUAUAUAUAUAUAUAUAUAUAUAUAUAUAUAUAGAUAGAUAGAGAGAGAGAGAGCGAGCUGCUUGUGUUAGAGGAAAAGAAGCCUGACCAUAAGUGGAUUAUUUGACAGCCAUUUGUAAAUGCUGAAAGGUCUUCUGGGAGGUAACACAUAGCUGCUCCAUCAGACCUUUGACUGUCAUGCCAAAACCAUGUUUGCUGUGGGAAGUGUUAAGACUCAAGUAGUGUCCACCGAUGAGCAACGUGUGUGCUCCUAACGUGCGUGCUCCUAACGUGCUUCACAGGUUUCCUUCUGUUCAUUUAAGCAACUUCCUAGCCCUACCGUAGCCAGAGCCACGUAGUUCUGACUUGCUUCUUUUACUAACUCUUAUCUUCGUUAUUUCUGGAGAAAUAUCCAAAUGGUACCUUUACAUGUAAGAGAAUGCACCAAAAAAAAAAAGAGCUAUAUCAAAUGCCAACUGUUGGGUUUUCCAAGUUUUGUUUUCGUAUCCCUUGGUACAUUGUGAAAACACAGUUUACUCAGGGAUAAAACAUCUCGUCACGCCUUCCUUGUCCCCGUUUAGCCUGCACACUCUGGAAUCACAGUGGAAAGGAUAUUUAUUUCUGAAUGAGGUAAAUAAGUUUAAGGCUCAUGACAUUUUUGUUUUAAUGUAACUUAAGGAAGCAUCCGGAUGCCUGUCUGGGUGUUCGUUUUGGCUCAUUGUGGACACAUGCAAGCGUCUGCUGUCAACUUUCCUUCUCUCUGCUCGCACCUACUGUGUUAACAAUCAUGCACCUAUCUGCCCUAGGACGAAACUGACUUUAGGUGUACUGAAAGAGUCGUGUCCUUCCCCCACAAAGGUGGUACCGACGUGCUCUGCCUUUCUGAUCCCAUUUUAUUGGAAAACCUGAUUUAUUCAGAGGAGUGAGCUAUAAGGGUUUAUUGGUUGUACAUACACACUUAGCAUUUUUUUUCAGCUGCAUGGCACAAGGUACAGAUAAAAGUAGAUAGCUCUGAUGUGACAGGGACAAAUGAGGGCAAAGUGAACCCAAGACUCGUGAGUUACUAUAAACUCUGUGGACCCUCAGUGACGGUCACACUUGCUUCUGUUUCACCAAAGAGAAUAGGAGACACGGUAGCACCUAAAAGUAAGCAUGAUGGCCAGAUACCAAAUAAAUCAAAUUUACAUAACCGUCACAAGACCAGUUUACUUAGGUGAAAUGUCACCCUUGAGAGAGGAUUUGAGGGCAUGAAAAUGGGUUACCCUCUGUGUUUUCCAGUUUGUCGGGAAUUUAACAGAUGGCUCUGCCCUCAUUUUGCCCAAAUUAUUAUUAUUAUUUUUGAUCUCCAGUUCCUUCUGGAGAAACAUGCUGCCUCCCGGUAACCGUGAUGAAUUGCUUGUUAUAAAGGCUUUUUAGAGCAGUGAGAACAGCCAGCAUGAUGAGCGGUGGAGGGAAACACUGUCAUUCAAACAUUCCAUUAAGAAGUGUCUGGAUAAAAUGGGGAUAUGAGGGCCGACCAUUAAGAUUUAGGACGAAGUCGCCUGGCUGGCUGGCAUGCGUACAGGUCAGUGUUUGAAUGCAGUAUAGUUCACAUGCACAUGUGUAUUGCACAUUCUUUUAAUAAAAAUUCACAGAAAAGAAGCAGUUAGAAAUCACCAGUUGUGUUGCAAAGGCAUAGAGUUAGAAGUACAGUCCAGCAGGUGUAUUAGGAAAGCCCAAAGUUGUCCAUGUGUCUUUAAGACUAAUGGCCAUUUAAAUCGCGAAUCUCCAUUGCCUGCAUCGAGAAAAACAAAGCAAAGGGAAUGCAAUGAAACAGUGAAAGGGUAUUAAGUUGGCUGGUGGAUAUUUGAAGAAGUACCAAUUCUUUUCCGAGUGGAAGAAAAUGCAGGAAAUGACUUAGCAACUUUGGCUUGUAUGCGUGAUUUCCUGUCCAGUGGUACACCUCACAAGUUUGUAGUUUCCAAGACUUCAUCUUCUCUCCAAAAUGCUAAGUCAGGGUAGAAAGGUGUGCUGAAGAGGCCCGAAAGCACCAGGAGAGCGUCUGUCCUAGAUUCAGGACAGCACGUACACUAUCCAAGUCACCUGCUGUAGUGUUUCAGCCUGGGAUUAUUCUUUUUACUAUAAAAUUGUAGACUGGUGGUCAUCGGCAGUUGUAUUUCAUGUUAUUUCAAUAACUACUGUCUGUAUAAUUAUUCUACAGCAGACGCUCCCCCAGGUCCAAAAAGGGAAAAAAGUGAGGGGUGAAUUGAAACUUUGUAUAUAUAAAAGUUAUUUUAUAAAUAUUUUAGUCUUCCAGUUUCUGCAAAAUAAUUAAAAUAUACAGUAACUGGUCUCUUAACCCCUGAAUUUAAUGUAUUAAAUACUUAUAAAAUUUUAUAUUGGUGCCUUUUAAAAAUGCAUUGAGAGUGCUGGGUAGCUGUUUGGCUCCACCACACUUGGACUGUGUAUUUUUUAAGAAAAAAAAAAUCACAUAAAAUCUAAGUACUCUCUAAUUCACCUUUGUGUUCUUAGAAAAAAAGAAAGGAAAAAAGCUGCUAAAAGACUUUACCAGACUUUUAGCUGAGCUGGCAAAUGUGACAAGAAACUUUGAAACCAGAUUUUAAUCUUUUUGGCUUGAUGGUAUUUCUGGACACUAUUCUGUCGGGGCAAAAUUGUAGACUCACAUGUCAGCAGUGAAUUGGAUUAUGCUAUGUGGUUUAAUUUAUUCUUGAGGAAGAAUAUGUUUUGCAUCACACAGGGGGUUCUUUGUAUAAUUUGGAGUCAAUAAUUACAGUAUUGUUUUGCUUUAAAAAAAUGCCCGACUGGUGUUGCUCUAGUCUUGGGUCUUCUGUCUUCUAACCUGUAGUUGUUUGGUGGAAUGGUGUGCAAAUGUGGACCAUUGUUUCCUCCUGAACAAAACAAAGCUCAGCUCUCAAGUCCCAUGACUCCAAAGUGUCAUCUCAGAUGUUUAACGCGGGGUUGUCUGUCACUUUGUGAAGGGUGUCUUCGACUAUGACAACUUUGUAAAAAACGAGCUGCUGGUUUUACAAAGUAGACAUCAUAUGACCAAGAAGCUGUGAUGUGCUAGUGUUUCUUUCCGUCAUAGUGUACUCUUAGGCCAAAUAAUGACACCUUGAAUAUUUUUACAUUUAUUACAGAGACCUAAAAUUUUGGAAUUCUAAAAGGUUUUUAUGUAAUGCUCUAUCUUACAGCAGUUUUCUCUUCUCUUGCUGUACUGUGAGUCUGUGCGUAUUUUUUUCUUACGCACCCUUGGAAAUGAGUUUUUAGUUCUGUUUAUGGUGUUUCUCUCCCAUACACUCGUUUAUAUACGUUCUGUACACAUUUCUUAUGAAGCCACCUUUCUUGUGCAUAGACAAGUGACAAGUACAUGAACCACUAGUUCCCUAAGAUGACUUUUAUAUUAUGAAUUAAUAUGAAAUUUAUAGAUCAUGUGCUAAGCCCCAUUAAGUGCAGAAUAAAAACUUCCUAUAGGUCCAAAUAAGCCAGUGUGCACUGAAUUGGGCCUUCAGUUUACCUCGAGUGACACGAAGUAAGGAAAGCUUGGGCAGAUGGCGGUCCCUCUAGCCAGCACCAUACACUUACUAGCAUGUCGCUGAGUCUCAUUUACUGGGAAUGGAUUUUUAAAGGAAUACACUGGAAGGAGGGAAGGGAUCGGGGGACUUCUGGUGUUUUUGUGGUUGCUUUGUCCUUUUUAAAAUGUUGUUCAAAUUGUGGAACUGUGAUCUAAAAACAUUUAGACUGAGGAGCACCGGAGAGGAUGUCCGUCAAUCACUUGCCCUUCUGUACCGCUAAGUUCUGGUUUCGCCUCUCCCUUCCUCUCACCUCCUCAUCCCCACUCUGUAUGUAGCCCUCCUCGCCAUUGCUUCUCCAUGUCUCUCUCGACCCUCCUACUAGUUAGGAGGGCAACUCUGAACUUCCGACUCAUGAAGUCUUAACUUUUUGUCUCAGUGGUUUUUGUUAGCUGUGUAGUCUGCUGGCGUAUUUUUAUACCCUAGUGGAGUUUUGUAUUUCCAAAGCGUGGUUGGGUUGACAUGGUAAGCUGUAUAGUCCUUACCUUGCUUCAUCCUCAAGUAGGAGGCACGGAACAUGACUCCAGCAAUUCUGGAAUCGGAGUAUCCGUCUGGCUCCUUUGUGCUUGGAUUCUGACUUGUUUGGCUUUCUUCUUAAAUACAAAUCAUAAGAGAGUAGACUCCCCCAUCCCCACCAAACACUGAGAGGAUAAAAACGGAAAGCAAGAGUCUUAACUUUCUCCCAACGGGGUGCGGGGAGGGGCGAGUGCUUUAACACUUCUGAGUGAUAUUUCAGGUUCAGAAGGGGUCCCCAGACCCCUCGCGCUCACCAUCGGGUCCCUUGGACCCUGUGCUAUUUGCAGCUUCAGAAUGGUUACUUUUGUGAUGGAGUUUAACUGCUAUUCUUUUUUUCCCCAUAAAAGUGCAAUACCCCUCUUGAAGUCUUAAAAACUAUGGUAAUUUUCUUCUUUUCUCUUUCUGACAUUUGUUUCUUUUACCAAUGAUGAAAAGAAACCAUUGGAAAUUGUAACAUGUCAUAGGACAUAACAAGCAAAAAUGAAAAACCACUCCACUAUGAAAAGCUGAAAAAAAAAAUGUAACAAAUGACUUCUCUGACUUUCUGGAAACUUCGUUUAGGCUAAAUUGCCUUGGAAAUCAUGAGUGAGAAGUUUAUCCUGAGGCUGAAAUAUGAUUUUUCUCCCACUCUUGUCUAAUGCUCUUAAGUUAAAUAACUAAUAUUUAAUGUUUUCAUUUCUCUCCUUUUGGAAUAUAAAUAUCAAAGCACUUAGGUCAGGUUUAAAUCAAUAUUACCUGUUGAAGAAAAAUUUUUUACAUAUUUAAAGCAGACCUGUUUCAAUGCAGAUGGAGAAGUAUCUUUUGUAUUAUCCAUAUUUAUAUGUAGUGUGCUCUUUUUUUAAUACCUGUGUUUCUGUAGUAAGACUGCUGUAUUGUAAAUACACGUUUUAUUAAAAAGUAACAUUUCUUUGGCAUUUCUUUUGAUGGCAUAUACUGUAUUUGUACAGUAUAUGUCUUGGCUACUUAACUUUUUUUUCUUUAACAAUACCAAAGGUAAUUAGACUAUUUUAAGGACUAAUUGCUUGACAGUUUCUAGAAUACUUUGAUUUUUUUAGAAGAAAAGAGAAAAAAAAUUUAAAAAAAAAGUCAAACCAGUGAACCUCAUUUUUUCAAACUAAUAAUUUGGGGAAAUAAAAACUAUUGUUUAAAAAGAAAUAUAUAUAAAUAUAUAUAUAUAAAUAUCUGUAAAAUUAAAAUCCCAAACCUUGUAUGUCAGGUUUGCUCAGUGUAAUGUAGGGGUUUUUUUUUUUGUUUUGUUUUUGUUUUUUUAAGGCUCAAAUACCUCAGAAAAUGGGGUUUACUAUGGAAAUGCUGCGGCAGUCUCUGCAGCUGUGUGAGCUGUCAUCCUGCUGCAUCCGGAUUGGGAGACCUCCACUAAACAGUUUUAUCACUGCAGACUAAAAUGUGGGACUUGUAUUUUCUUUGUUUUUUAAUGCACACACGUACAUGCUCCGUGCGUGUAUGUGGGUACCGUGUAUAUGUGUGUGAGUGUUGUAUAUGCAUGUGUGAAUGUGUGUGUGUGCGUGCGCACGCGUGUGUGUGUACAACUAAAGAAGCUGCAGAAACUUUGUAAUACUUUGUGAAAGGGUUAUAUUAUAAAGGUUUGUACUGUCUGAGUGCACAGCUACUGGAAUAAACUUAGCCAAUCUCAGGAACAAGCAUAUAAUUUGUCCAAGAUUUAUUUCUUCUCAGAAGUGUAAGUGCAGUUUUUAAUUCUGUAUAUUAUUUAAUAUUUUACCAAUAAAAUAAACUUCUGAAAGAAA